GUGUGUGUGUGUGUGUGUGUGCGGUGCACCAGGGUUUGUGUGCUGUGAGGGAAUGGGUUACAUGCCUUGCUGUUCCAAAUGGAGAAUAAAGGGAGCGACGAGGUGGAAACAUUGAAGACAAAGUUUGUGUCUGUGUGGCACAAUGUCAAGUACAGUUGGGCUCUGAAAUUAAAGACCUCUUUCAGUAGAAAUUCCCCAGUGCUUCUCCUCGGAAAAUGUUACCAUUUUAAGGCGGAAGAUGACGACAGUGUUGCAGAGGCCUGCUCUGAAGCCUGUGAUGAGGACCCUGUUGUGGGGAACGCGGAGGCUUUCCGCAAGGAUUUUACGUCCCGGGUGUGGCUCACCUACAGGGAGGAGUGCCCCCCCCUCCCCGGCUCCACCCUGACCUCGGACUGCGGCUGGGGCUGCAUGCUGAGAGCCGGGCAGAUGAUGCUGGCUCAGGCCCUCAUUCUGCACUUCCUGGGCAGAGACUGGACCUGGUCGGAGGCCAUGGCGCUGCAGCCUUUAGACACAGAGACGUGGACCACCAGCGCAGCCAAGCGCCUGGUGGCCUCAAUGCAAGGACCCUCCAGGCCCCCGGAGCAUGGCCCACCCCCCCCGCUCCAGUCCCAGGCCUCGGGAUCUGCAGAGGAGGCAGAUGCUCAUUUGAAAGAGAUGUACCACCGCUCCCUGGUGUCCUGGUUCGGGGACAGCCCCUCGGCUCAGCUCGGCCUCCACAGGCUGAUCCGCACCGGCCUGACCAUGGGGAAGCAGGCGGGGGACUGGUACGGGCCCGCUGUGGUGGCACACAUCCUCAAGAAAGCUGUGGAGGAGGCGAUGGACCCCGGCUUGGCGGGUAUAACUGCUUAUGUCUCCCAGGACUGCACAGUGUACAGUGCUGAUGUCAUCGAUAGCCAUAGGGUACCAAGAGCAGGGCAGCCCUCUGCAGAGAGAUCAGAGGCCCCGCCCACCUCACAGAGCGACCAACCGGUGUCAGCCUCCAUCCUGACUGACAGCCGAGCCGUCAUCAUCCUCAUCCCUGUGAGGCUGGGAGGGGAGAAGACAAACCCGGACUACUUUAACUUUGCAAAGAGCAUACUGAGUCUGGAGUACUGCAUAGGCAUCAUCGGAGGGAAGCCCAAACAGGCCUGCUACUUUGUAGGAUUUCAAGAUGACAGCUUGAUUUACAUGGACCCUCAUUACUGUCAGUCUUUUGUGGAUGUCAGCACCAGCGAUUUCCCUCUCCAGUCAUAUCAUUGCCCCUCACCAAAGAAGAUGCCUUUCAGCAAGAUGGACCCAAGUUGCACCAUAGGUUUCUACUCUAAAAGUGCUCAAGACUACGAGAGAAUCAGCCAGGAGCUUUCUAAGGUGCUGCAGCCGUCAGCCAAGGAGAAAUACCCGGCGUUCACUUUAGUCCAAGGUCACGGCAGAGAUUACGACCUGUCUGCAGGCCUGACCCCGGAGAAGAGAGAAUGGCCCUUUAUCCGUGACCCCCGGAGGACGGUCACCACCACCGGGGACUUUGUGCUGCUUUGACAGCGCGGUUUUUAAAAGACUACUGACGGGGAACUUCUUCUAAUGAAUCACACUGCUUGGUGAUACACAAAGCUUUGUGUUUUAGUCUGCUGGGACACUGAUGCUUAUGGGAUUCCACACCUCGGUUAAUACCUCCUGAAUACUUUGUUGCCAAGCAGUCUUUGCCAUAAAAACUUUGGAAUCAUAUUUGUUGUCUGGAACUGUGAGCUUCCUGAAUUUUUUUAGGACACUUUUGGUGCUCCGAUUUUUUUAAUGAGCUAAGAUGUCGUCUUAUGCAAAGGAACAUCGAUUCUAGUGGAACACCUCAAUUUGCGCCAAAUAUCGACAUACUUAUUUUUGAGGAUUUUUUUUUUAUUACUUACUUCAUGUUUAGAAUUAUUAAAAGUAUUUUCCUCAUCAUGAUCGUAAGGUCCAGUUAAUCACUCCGCCAUGUUUUCAAGGCUAACAGUGUUAGACAAUAUGUCUAGUGUCAUUGGAGUAGAGUGUAAUUUUCACAGAGCCACAUCUCAGUUGGGAUAAGAUGAUUAUUGUUAAGCUUUAAUUAAUAUGGGCAAAGGGCUCUCUGAACUUUGGGAAACUUUUACUAAACCAUUCUGCCAAAAACCUUUCAUUAUACAGGAUGAAUUCUUCACCUGUCUGAAUCCCCUCGAUAGCAGAAGCAUACGGGACAUUUGUUCUGAAUACACUUAUUUCAUUAUUGUGCCAACAUGUCUUUCAUUCACGUUACAGCUCAUGUCUUUCUCUGAGCAAUAACAUAUAAUGGUGUUGUAUGACGAUGUGGUUGUUUGCGUGCCUCCUGGGUUUUUAGGUGGUAUUUAUAAAAAAAAGAAAUAAAAAAAAAAGUGGCCAGAGAUUGUUAAAGGGAUAAUGCCAUGUGCUAUAUCCUUUAUACAUACAGUCUAUGGCUAUAUCUCAUCAAGCACUAUCUGUAAUGAACUACCCUUAGCAAUAGAGUUAUUUAGAUAUAAAGUAGUUACUGUAUUUGUCUAAUUAACACUGAAGUAAGUUUUAAGUCACAAAAUGGUAUUGUGGAGUAGCAAUCUACACCUCAUGAUGAAAUCAGAGACAUAUCAACCUUCCAAAUAAUAAUAAUUUGAUAUGCUGCAUGUAUGAACCAUUUUGGUUAAUCAUUUCUACACACAUUUUUAUCAUUUCAAACCAUCCCUUUUUUAUAUCUUAUACAAUACGCAAAAGAAAGGGAAUUUACUAACAUUUCAUAUUAAUGUCAUUAAUGUUUUUCCUUCUUUUGAUUAUCUCUUCCUCAAUUCUAGUCUCCAGCAGUGAGUAACUUAAUGCUAUAAUGCUUUUGAAACGCCUUUUACAGUAUCUCCAUCGUAGCAAACUAGUGAAGUGAAGAAGUAUGUGACAACACAUUAAGAUGCCAAACAGGAACAUGCACUUUGUUUUGAUCACUUUCACAUGACUGAAGUAUUCUGCCUGUUGAAUCUAUUUUAUGUACAUCUUUGCACUGCAACAAACGCACGUCUGUUUGCAUAAAUUCACAUAGAAAAUGUAAAAAAAAAAUAAAGUGAAUAAAGGCAAAAAUA